GGAACGUUUGUGCCCAUAGUUACCAACCCUUUAGCAGAGAAAAACAGUAGAAAACUAUUGACAAGCGUAUUUUUAUGGCAACGGGUAUUAAAUACUUGCAACCACUUUCUUGUUGUUCGUCUUGAAAUACAGCUGAACAAAUUCACAGUAUGGAAAUUAUCAGAGGUAGUUUAGAAAGUAUUUCCCGACCUGCAUCGAGUGAGCAAACGGGUAAUCGUGUGUCUAGGGCAUCAUUGCCUCAUUGUGACAGAAAUUGUCCUACAGCUCCGUUUACCCUCGUUGUCUUGACCGACGAUGCUGCUGAUAUUCAGAUCCAGACCACCUCUGAAGAAGCUACAGUCAAUUCCUCACCCGAAGGUCCUGACAGAGAUCACUGUCACGUUGAUGUUACUGAUGAAGACAAGAAGGAUUCAAAACUGAAUAGAGCUAUUAAGGAAAUGAAACGACUGGAUGACAUAUUGAAUGCAAAGAUCUGCAGAGAAAAAGAAGUAAAACGUCAAAGGAAAGAACUUCAAGCAAAACUUUGGCAAGAGUUCCUGCAAAAUAAACCGAAAGGUCAUUCUGAAAGUGCUCAUGAAGCUAUGAACACAAGAUUGUUUUUAGCUCUGGAAGCACCCACUGGGGCUGAAGAGGAGGCCGACUUUGUGCCUUUGUUUGAAACUGAGGUUCCUGACUGUGAGCAUGACAAAGACAGUCAACACCAGCAAAGUGAAAAAAGGACAGAGUGUUCAUUUGAAGCAGGCUAUGGAGAGACUCGGGAAGAGAAAUUUGAAAGCAGUCAGUGUGGCCUUUCCAAAGGCAAGAAAAAACAAGACUUUGUCAAGAGAAAUAUUGAGUUAGUAAGUGGCGAGGAGGGCCAAGUGCUUUUGACCCAGGCAGAGAAAGAGCAUCUUGCCGAGCUUCUUCAAGAAACAGAUGAAGAGGAAGAGGACAGUGCCAGAGGCGCAGACAGCGAGGAGGACAUGUGGGCUUUGUCAAGCGUGAUAGCCCAGGGUUACACCCCAGACCCCUCUGACCUGGAGCAGCUGAUUGACAUUGACUCCAAAAUGCACCUUCUUCUGCCUCUUGAGGAAUUUCUCUCGGUGCGAAGCCCCAGGACAAACUUUAGCAUGUCCCAGGGCUAUGGCUCAGACGUUGCCUGGAAGUGCUAUGGAGAUCCGCAGCCAGGAGAGAAGGUCCUGCAAGAUAUAAAAGAGAGGAGAGAGCAGGAGAGGCGACUUCAAGAGAUCCAACAGCAGCUGGAGAUCCUGAGCCAGGGCCAGGAAAUGACUCGUUUCCUGGAAACCACUGAACUCUGUCUGGUGCCUCUGCUGAGUUACAACCACAGAACUGUCACUCCUUCCCAAAACCUUGUAGCUAAAGGCACAACACAAGAAUGUUCCAAGAACAAAGGUGGAUAGGAAUGAUUUCUGCUCUCUGACAUUUAUGACUUUAGGUUUUAUGUGCAAGGAAAGGAAAACAUUAGAGAUAAAUUUAGUGGUUUGACUUUGUCAUUGUUCAAAUGGGUAGUUUCUCUUGGUCUGGCAUAACAAAGUACCUGUUUGUAUUAUCACAGUGCUGCUGUCAAUGAAAUACAAAUUCAAACGUGUUAUCCAGUGCAUCAGUUCUCACAGUGAGGAAAAUAAUGUAUGUAUAUAUCAUAAAAACACUAAGUGGCAGCCACACCCUUACAUCAAACAGGACAUCAUACCAUACAACCCCAACCUAUUCCUGGCCUAAAUAAGGAGAGACACAUGGGAUUUUUUUGCUAAUGAAGCCAGGUUUUUUUUUUUUUUUGAGGAAACUUCUCUUAUUAUAAUUACAAAGCAUCACAGCCACCAGUUUCUUAACUGCUGGUGUUGCCAGACCCUCUUUGCAUUUACAGUAGCUGUGAGUCACUGCAUUUUAAAUACUGUCAAUAAAUGACU